AUGGAGGAUUUGGGCCGCGUUCAGUCGGUCGCCAGCAACCAGGAUAUACAGGCGCAGUUGCAUGCUGCCGCGACGCCGCUGGAGUUCCAGGCCACCCUCGAGACCAAGUUCGCGAGCUACGACUCAUAUUGCAACCUCUUUCAUUACAUUCUGAACUCGGAGGGACCCGUGGAUCUGGAGGUGCCGAAUUAUUUCUGGGCAUGGGAUGUCAUCGACGAGUUCAUCUACCAGUUCAACAGCUUCUGCAGUUACCGCCAGAAGGUGGCACACAAGGGCGAGAACGAGGAGGAGAUAAUGCUUCUGAGGGAAAACCCGAAUACGUGGGGAUGCUACAGUGUGCUCAAUGUCCUCUACUCCCUUAUUCAACGGUCACAGAUCAGCGAACAGCUGGCAGCAAUGAAGCGGGGGGAGGACCCGAACCAGUAUGCCGGAGAGUACGGAUCGCGGCCGCUGUACAAGAUGCUGGGCUACUUCUCCAUUAUCGGUCUUCUGCGGGUCCACUGCCUUCUCGGCGACUUCAGCCUUGCCCUCAAGACCCUGGACGAUAUCGAGUUGAAUAAGAAGGCCAUGUUCGCUCGCGUCAUGGCCGCCCACUUCACCACCUACUACUACGUCGGAUUCUCGUACAUGAUGAUGCGGCGGUACGCUGAUGCCAUCCGGAUGUUCAGCCACAUUCUGGUCUACGUUUCGCGGACAAAGAACUUCCAGAAGAACGCGCAGUACGAUUCCAUCACGAAGAAGAACGACCAGAUGUACGCUCUCAUUGCCAUCUGCGUUGCUUUCCAGCCCACCAGGCUCGACGACACGAUCCACACCGCCCUCCGCGAGAAGUACGGAGAGCAGUUCAAUAGGCUGCAGCGUGGCGGCCCGGAGUCGCUCCCUCUCUUCGAGGAGCUCUUCCGCUCGGCUUGCCCCAAGUUCAUCAACCCUACUCCUCCCGACUUUGACAACCCGGAGGUCAACAUCGACCCGGUCGAGCAUCACCUCCGCAUCUUCAUGGACGAGGUCAAGAACAACAUGAUGUCGCCCACUGUGAAGAGCUACCUCAAGCUCUACACGACGAUGGAUCUGAAGAAGCUCGCCGGUUUCCUCGAGGUGGAGCCGGAGAAGCUGAGGUGCUGGUUGCUCGUCAACAAGCAGAGGAACAGGCAGAUCAGGUGGACCGAGGGCGGACUGCUGGACGGCGAGUUGGUGCACAGCAGCGACCUUGACUACGCUCUCGAGGGUGACCUCAUUCACGUGUCCGAAGCCAAGGUUGGCAGGAGAUUGGUGGACUGGUACCUCCGCAACUUGGCCAGGACAUAUUAG